GGAAGUGGUGGCUUUUAUUAUAAGUGUGUCUACAUCAGCAGGUUUAUCUAAUGCAGUAGGCUUUAUAAGCUCACAGUGUCUCGUGUAAAUUAAAAUGUAAAUCCAAAUUAAAUCAUGUGAACUCCUGGGAGCAAAAAGGAAAGCUGCUUUCUGUUUCAGUUCCAGACUGGAUCGUGCUGGUCAGGGAAAGCUGACCUAUCAGAGACGCUGCUCUUGGUGUUGCUGGGCAAAAUCCCAUCACUAAAUCACUCUGGGAGACGCUUUCUAGAUCAUUCCAGUUCCAGCAGUUCACUGAGGAGCCUUUCCUGUGUUUACCUGCUCGUGCACCUUCCAGAGAAGAUACCCCAUAUAAAGGGAAAAUGUCUUGGGGUAAUACUCUCUCUACAAAUCUGGGAAGGUGGUCAGAAGUGGUUGCUGCAAACGCCUCCAGGAUGUGGUCUUUAGUCUCCACAGACGAGAAUGAACAGCUGAUCAGAUCCACUCAGACGCUCCAUCACUAUGUGAACAGAUACUUCACAAUCACCAACAGACUGUUGAUCAUAAUCAAUACUCACUUUGGAGAAAACUACUCCAGUGUCUCUGCAGAUGAGAGCAAAAGUAUAAAGGAUAAUUGUGCAUUAGUUAGAGAAACUAUGAGCAUGAUUCUUGAAGUUUCUAAAAGGGAGGAAAAGAAAAUACUUAAAAUCAUUGAUCCUGAUCUUUAUGAUAAGAUUGCCUUCACUGGGGUGUCACUGAAAGACAAGGCUGCAGCGAUAAGAGACUUCCAUGCGGACAAACUGGGAGUCUUUGGAAACGUCUUUCUUCCACUCGUCGCUAUUCAGCUGGCAAAAAGUGAUUUAGAGAACGUGAAGCCUCCAACCGAGGAGCAUGAUCUGCCUAUACUGUCCUUAAAACUGGGAGAUCUCGUGAAGAGUGGCAGAAGCAUCACUAAGCUUCUGUGUGAACAGAGGAGCCAGCAAACAGACCUCAGUGAAGACACACAGUUAGUGGAGGACGCCAUCUCUGUUCUGAAGCCCCCCUGCGAUGCCUACAGUCACAUUGCUGGAGAAGUCCAAGCCUGUGUCAAAAUCAUAUCUGAAAAUAUCUAGAGCACAAUAGGGUAGUAUUUAUCAGGGUUCGUGAAAUGCACGGUGUUCCUCAUCAUUAAUAUGUUAUGCCUUCUAUGCAUCCAAAAAAUGUGAGGCUACUUCAUUAUAGAGCACAGAUCUAUCAGGAUUCAAAUGUUAUCUCAUGCUUGUUUAGUAGAAACAGUUGGACUCAAUUGUGUGCUGUGCAAAUUAACUAAAGAGAAAGAUUUAUAACUCUACAAUUUCACCUCACUCUGUUCAGCGUUCAGUAAUCCGUCACUCCAGCACUGACAUCAAGUGUUAAAUAUUAUAUAACAUUACCAAUAAAACCUGCUUUCAGUAUCUUC